AUGGAUUACUCAGUAAAUAACACGGGAUCGAGUUCUUUGACAAUAUGUGAGCGUGUCUAUGUGGCGUUUGUACCGCUUAUAGCCAUAUUUGAGUGUUUGAUAUUCGCUUUCAAGGGUUGCUUCGAGUGCAGGCCACCACGCCUCCAGAAUUGCGGGAACCGCUUUGAAGAGAUAGCUCGCUUAGCCAACGAAACCAUCUUUGCUGUGAAUGAAGUUGAGGCAUUAUACAAGCUGUUUAAGAAGUUGAGUAGUUCAAUUAUUGACGAUGGGUUGAUUCAAAAGGAAGAGCUUCAUUUAGCACUGUUCAAAACUCCAAGCGGUGAAAAUCUCUUUCUGGAUAGGGCUUUUGAUCUUUUUGAUGAAAAGAAAAAUGGUGUCAUUGAAUUUGACGAAUUUGUCCAUGCACUCAGUGUCUUCCAUCCCAAUGCUCCCAUGGAAGAAAAAAUUGAUUGUAAUUCUUGCACAUUCAGGCUGUAUGAUCUGAGACAAACUGGGUUUAUAGAGCGAGAAGAAGUUAAGCAAAUGGUAAUUGUCAUUUUAAUGGAAUCUGGUAUAACAUUGUCAGAUGAUCUUCUUGAGGCUAUCAUGGACAGUACAUCUGCAGAUGCUGACGCUGACAAGGAUGAUAGAAUCAAUACCGAAGAAUGGAAGGAUUUUGUUCUUAGAAACCCAAACCUCUUGAAGAACAUCACACUACCUUAUUUGAUGGAUCUGAGUGUGGCAACAGUAUUUCCAAGUUUCACUUUUAACACAAGGAUUGAAGAUUGAGAACCUGAAGUUUUUUCACCAAAGGAGUCCUU